GCGCUUCUCUGUGGCGGCUCAAAGACUAAAUUUGACUGGGGGGUGGUCCGUCGCGAGAGUGAGUGCUCUUAGUCCGCUCACCAGAACUUCUGGUGAUGGUCUGGUGGUUCCUGCACUCUCCUUGACCGGCACACUCUUAGGGGAAUCCCUUUUGAGAUCUUAUCAGAUCUCACAGUCACCGCAUGGCUGACGAGGAAGUAGCACUAAUCAACGAGCAAGCCUCCCAGCUCCUCUCCGAGCCCCAACCCACCCCCGCCGAACCACCUGCGGACCCAGCCCCAGAGCCUGCCGCCCCCGCUCCUGAGCCAAUCCCAGCGGAGGCCGCCCCAGCCGUUGCCGAGUGCGAGGCCGCCAAAGUGCAGGUCGCCCCCGAACCCCCCAUGUUCCAGCCGAUCGUCGCUUCGCCUGUGCCGAUUCAGGCCGCUGUGGUGCCUUCUCCGUUGCUGACCAAUGGCCACACCAAUGGUCACUUCAAUGGAUUGCCGGCUGAGCCUUCACCAGUUCCAAUCAGCAGCAACUUGGAGAUCACUCUCAACAAGGAGGAGGGUCAGAGUUGGGGCCUGCGACUCAGCGGAGGACGAGAGUUUGGACUACCUUUGAGCGUCAUCAAGCUCCAGUUUGGAGGUCUUGCCGAAAAACAAGGAAUUAGGGUCGGUGACACCGUUCAAGAAAUCAAUGGAAUGUCCACCGUCGAGCUGUCUCACAACGAGGCGCUUGAAGUCAUCAAAAAGGCUGGAAACAAAUGCUUAUUCUCCCUUGUCAGGUCUGAAGCAGCCACGGGCAAAAUGAUGCGCCCUUACAAGCCUAUGGUUCAAUUAGAGGAUCUCACGGUCGCCCAGCCCAGUGGUGCCAGACCAGCGUUGUCCACCCCCGUCGUCGCCGCCGCCACCAUGAGGAACGUGGCUCUCGGCACGCUGAACACUGAGCAGGCCGAGUCGUGCUUCACCGAAGAGGUGAUCGCAGAGACAAUGUCUGCACACGCUGAGGUUGUUGUUGGUACCGCACUGGGCGUUAACUUCCACAAAUUCGAGCCAAGGUUCGAACAUUUAGAGCGGUCAGGCACUUACCAGCUUCUGCUCGAGGAGGAGCAGAAAAAGGGCAAAACUAUGACCCUGCCCAAAGUGCUCAAGCCGCAGAUCAUCCCCAAGAAGCAGCCGCCGAAGCCUCGCACCCCAGUCCCACCUCCGAAGGAACCGACACCCCCUCCAAAAGAACCAACCCCUCCGCCCAAAGAGCCCACCCCACCUCCAAAGGAGCCCACACCGCCUCCGAAGGAACCGACGCCGCCUCCGAGGGAACCAACUCCACUGCCGCCGAAGGAGCCCACGCCAGAACCAGUUGCCGUUGAGGAACCUCAGCAGCCGAAGCAGGAGGAGCCUCCUGUUCAGAAUGGAACAGUAGAACCGGUUGCCGAACAGCCACAAACAAAUGGUGUGCACGGAGACGACCCAGAGCUGGUCGCAAUUGAGAAAGCGGUGCAACAACCAGCACCGCCACCACCCCCAUCAAACCAAUUCUUCCAGCAGCAGCAUCAGCUUUCGAAAAAGCAAAAGGAGCUGCUCGAGUAUCAGUUGCAUCACAAGAUGCACUUGGAAGAGUGCCGAAGAAGGAUCAACAAAGCGCAGAAAACGAUCUACGCUCCCACCAUAACUCCACCGAAACUCGAGGAGGAUCAGUUUGGACGGGUGUUCGAGUUGCCCAAGGCUGGGUCGCGUUAUCGUCCCAGCCUGCCACUCACCCCGAUCGCCUUCCUGGGAAAUGCUUUCCCAACCAAGGAAGAAGCCUUCAAACCCUUCGAGGUAAAACCUGCGCCAAUUUUCCAUCCGGCGCCCGGGCCAAAGCCCCAGGCCAAACCAGCCUGCGCCGUGCAGUGCGUGAUUCCCAUGAAGUGGCAUCCGCCGAGCAAACUCAUCAACGGACUGCCCUACAAGCAAACGCCGACGGUGCACCAACCGGGCAGCAAAGACGGAGGUGACCAGGAGUUCCUGCCCCCAGCACAGGAUUCCAAGCCUGAGCCCCACAGGGAGCCUCAGAAACCCGUGGCUCACCCAUUGCAACCUGUGCCUGAGCCGCCUUACAGGACACAGUCACCUGCACCACAAUUAUCAGAAGACGAAAUUGCCGAGAUGAUGAGCGCAAGUACUGAAGUUAUUGUUGGCCACACUUUAGGAGUUAACUUCCAGAAAUUCACACCUGGAUUCGAUCACCUUAAAAACUCCGAAGUUUACCGCAUGGUACACGGUUUGGAUUUGGACGAGAACGCUUAACUCUUCAAAUUCACUGAUUGAAUUUAUCAAAAGAUAAUAUUAUAUAUUUAAGUUUAAAAAAAAAGAUGUUAAACUUCCUUUAUCAAAAUACUUCUGAUGCUGUCUAAUGUUAAGUCUCUGCAACACAUAUAUCGCUGUUUGUUUAAUAGAGUUUUACGAAGAAUCUUUGAAUUUUGUGAUGUAAAUUUUACGCUCUUCGUCCCUUGGUUUUUGCACACUCAUUUCAACUAGUAUCCGCAAAUUUCAAAUAAUAUACCUGUACCACUCAUGUCCAUUAUUUCAUAAAAAUAAAAAUGUGUUGCUUCGUACACAAAAAGGAUAUCCAAGCUUAUGUUGAAAAAAUUCAAAGAAUGCCUUUAAAUAAACGGUUAAAAAUAA